AUGCACAGAUUCAGUACAGCCAUAUUGACAGUAGGACCCUCCUCCAUCCUCCCCAAGGCCCCAGCUGAGUUCACCCAGCCCUCAGAGCAGCAGACUAACAAACAGCCGUCACAUCAGAUCUGUGUUCAUCCAUCCAGCCACCGCCGGCAGGAGCCACCGCUGGCAGGAGGUAGGACAAAGAGAUUCCCAGUCCUGGUCUCCAUGACUGCCUGCUCCUUCAACCCCUCCCCCAUUACUGAUCCUCCAGCCACCGCUGGCAGGAGCCACCGCUGGCAGGAGGGCCUGUCCUCCUCCUUCUGGUCCUUCCCCUGUCCUCCUCCCUCUGGUCCUCCCCCAGGGCCUGUCCUCCUCCCUCUGGUCCUCCCCCAGGGCCUGUCCUCCUCCCUCUGGUCCUCCCCCAGGGCCUGUCCUCCUCCCUCUGGUCCUCACCCAGGGCCUGUCCUCCUCCCUCUGGUCCUCACCCAGGGCCUGUCCUCCUCCCUCUGGUCCUCCCCCAGGGCCUGUCCUCCUCCCUCUGGUCCUCCCCCAGGGGCCUGUCCUCCUCCCCCAGGGCCGGUCCUCCUCCCCCAGGGCCGGUCCUCCUCCCCCAGGGCCGGUCCUCCUCCCCCAGGGCCGGUCCUCCUCCCCCAGGGCCGGUCCUCCUCCCCCAGGGCCGGUCCUCCUCCCCCAGGGCCGGUCCUCCUCCCUCUGGUCCUCCCCCAGAUCUGA